AUGGAGGCCGUGGGUUCAACAGUCGAGACGGCGGAAGCGUCGGACGAGGCAUUUAAUUCCCCUGAGUCUCAUGUGUGGAAUCCUGGCGAUUUAAAGGGUUCUGGAUGUCAUGCUACUUCUGUUUCUUGUGCUUAUUUCGCCCGUCACCCUCUUUGUAAUGGGCAGCAUCCCAUUGCUUCAAAGAACAUGUUAUCGCCCUUCAGUUCCUUUUGGGGCCUUCACGUGGCAGUACCAUUUCUUGUCGUAUUACCGCAAGAGAAUGCGGAACUGUCGAGCAAGGAGGUUCAUCAAGGUGUAAAGACGGCUACCGUGGAUGGUGCUGCUAUAGAUGCUGGUACCAUGUCUUCCCCUUUUAGUGUGCCGCCAGAACGGUUUCUUACUUGGCAUGAAAUGUGCAAGAUUCUUGUGCUCUGUGGCGUCAAGAGACAUCACUGUCAUGAAGCUGUGCGGCAGUUGUGGGAAUAUCUUCUCUUCUUGUGCUAUAAAGGUCUUUUUGAAUCUGACAGCACGGAGCGUGGAAAUUAUGGAGGCCGAGACACCACUCAAGUUACCGAUUCUCACACGUGCAAACCAAGUGGUGCCGCUGAGGACUUUGCAACACUUGUGCGAUAUGACACGUUGAAUGAUGUACUGCGUUCCCACAUUUAUUCUGGUGGUGCAACUGACAAGAGUACAGUUGUCUGCUUUGCUGAACUUGUCGUUGCUGCCAGUGUUGCCUUGGGGAAUCGGGACUUGGGACAGUUGGAGGAGGUGAUGCAGGCACCCUCACUGUCAACCCGGUACACGCUUGUGACUGCCAAGCAUACAUUUGAUCGGUGUAUCGCCAGACUUCUUAUCAAUGAACUCCGUGGGCAGCGCAUUACAAUGAUUCCGCUGCCCCGCUGGAAUGUGACCCAAGCCAUUGUACAAAAUCGCAGAUCACUCAUCGUGUUUUGUGGUGGAACCAGCGGAUGUGGAAAGAGUACCCUCUCUAGUCUUAUUACAACGAAUAUUUGUUUUAACACCCUCCUCUCUACAGACACGAUUCGUCAGUCGCUUCGAAGGACCUUACGACGAGAGGAAUUUCCAGAGUUGUUUCUCUCUACAUAUGAGGCACACCGAGCCAAAGGAAGUGGUGGGAACACAAAGCCAAGGGCGGGAGAAGAAAGAAACGAAUGUGACCCACAGGUUGUCAUUGCUGCGUAUGAAAAACAAUGUGAGGUGGUGUUGCGGGCCUUAGAUGGCAUACUGGAGAAAUUUAUUUGCCGCAAUCAAGUGGUAUUCGUAGAGGGAGUUCAUCUGCUAACAAGUUACAUGCAACGCAAGACUGUAGAGUUACAAGCACGUGGUGUAUUAUGUGUGUCUUUUCUUGUCUGCAUUACAAAGGAGGAACGUCAUCUUGAGCGGUUUCGUACCCGUGCCAAGUGUAUGGCUCUUUCCCCGCAACGUAAUAAAUAUGUCUCACAAUUUCACCAUAUUCGCCUGAUUCAAAAACACUUGCUUGAACAGGCAUAUGAUCAUCUUCAUUUGAAAAUUAUAAACAAUACAAAUCUCGAUAAGUCCUUGAUGGAUGUUCACACACAUCUGCUGGACGCCAUAGACUGUAGUACGAGCCCCUCGUGGAAUGAAACGGAGGCGGCAGCCUUUGGUAGAGCCGAUGCCACUAGAAAUGCCGUUGCGUCCGAUGCAGACAUGCAUGGACGGCUAGCACCGAAGGAGGAGGCUGGUAAAAGCAAAGAGGCAAAUUGUGGUUUCCUCCAUCAACCCUUUGCGGAUCCGAAUAUCAGUGGAAAACGCAUGUUAGCUUUUUUACUUAAGUGGCGUAGUGAAAAGAAGAGGCGACGGGCAAAUAACACUUCGUUCUAUGGCAAGUUCCAUCAUACUUGUCACGUAGCGACGUCUUUAUUUGCUCCAGCCAAAAGAGCCCGAUCUGCGGAGUCUCUCACAUCUUUCCGCCUGCAGUCACUCUGUUUGGCCUCUUGUUCGGGUAACACAAGUGAUGAAUUACUCGUGAGAGCCUGGAGAAACAACGACACGCAAUGUUUUUAUGUAUGUGACUCCGAUAAGGCCAUGGCCGUGGUGGAUUCUGACGGUUAUGAACGACCCCGUUGGAAGUGCAGCCCAUCCAUAUCCUCCGGACCGGCAUUCCCAAUACCACGUCAUAAACUCUUUCAGAAGCAUCCACAGGAAGCCACCCACGCGGUUUCACGGAAGGAUUGCUCCUUGGAGGCUCUCACUGCAGCGGAAGAUCCCCCUGCAGCUACAGUCACAGCAACCGCCGCAGCCAGCCGAUGGGGGAAGUCGCUUCGUUCCUCCAGUGCAGAUGCGGCCAUUGAAGCGGUUGAAGGAAACAGAGCAGCGGUUCGAGGAAAUAAACAAAAAAGAUUCUUACCGCGGCUAAGUUCUCCGCGGCAUGCUGCUCAUGGCGCCAGGGGAAAUGGCGAAAAAAUUAAGGAAGAAAUAACACUGUGGGAUGAAAAAGAGGAAGAAAUGGAAAAUGGAAGUCGCUGUGAAUUUCCUUCUCUGAUGGGAAGCUGA